UUAUCAAUGUCUGUUAUUUUAUUUUCAUUCAGAAGUCGGAAGAAAAAGUUUCGGUUUUCAACUAUUAUUUACCUAAGUGAUGUGUUAAAUAAAUUUUGUUCCUACUUUUUUUAAAAUGAAAUGUUUUUGCUUCACUAUAUUUGUUUUGUUUUUUACUUUUAAAAAUUUUUGUGAAUCAGUUCAAUAUGAACCAUUUUCUUUCAAGAGCUUGAGAAAACUAUUAUCAGACACCAAACAUCCUAUUGUGGCGAAUCGCACCCAUAAUAUUACUAAAGAACUUAAACUAAUAGGCAACUCCUUAAAAGACGAUGAAUCGACGGCAGGCACUGAAGCUGCAGUUCUAUUCAUUGUAGCCAUUGUUGUUCUCUCUGUGAUUGGUAUGGUCAUUUACUUUCUAAGAAAAUUUGAUCAGCUGAACAAGAGUCUCCCAACAUACAGAUACUCUUCCUUAAAGACUGAAAUAAAUGGGUAUGGUCCAGAUGACAAAAAUGAAUCCCAGUGUUUAGUCGCAGUUUCCACAGAAGAAGAAGAGGACUACACUGAUGAAGAUGAAAUCUCACCUCCCACCCUCCUAGUCCAGUCACAAACAGUGAUGCCCACCAAGUCUAUAAAUGGGAGUAUUUCUAUAUCACAAGACAACAAGUCCAAUGCUAAAAGUGGAGAAUCUUCUUUGGAUUCAGAUGAUGAACUACUGCAAUGAUAUGUUCUUCCCACCGUGCAAGUCGAGAGGUUCUGAUGAAGAAGGAUGUGAUAAUUAUCUCCCCGUACGAUUCAGAAGCAAAUAUUGUAGUCUUCACUCUUUUCAUGUAGAAAACUAUAUAGUGUUCGUGUUUUUAAAAAAGACUGUGUUUGUACAUUUUAUCUGUUCAUUAACAGUUUUAGUUCCUCUACAUUUGGCAAAAAUGUAAUGUUUCAGCUUCUUUUUUCCAUUUGAAUCCAUGGGUUUUGUAUAUUUCAGGAAAGUACCAACAAAAAUCCCUAUUAAAAUGAUAUUUUUACUCAU